AUGCCUCUCAAAGUGCUUGUUGCCGGUGCAGGCUUGGGGGGCUUGGGUGCUGCUAUCGCUCUGGCACGCGCUGGCCACAAUGUUGAGGUAUUCGAACAAUCAAGAUUCAUGAACGAAGUUGGCGCCGCGAUUCACAUUGCUCCCAAUGCCAGCAGGAUCUUGAAGUCCUGGGGCAUUGACUUUGAAGAUCUCCAAGCCGUCUUCUGCAAUGCCAUCAAGGUCUACGAUAAUAAUAGGAAGCUUAUAUUUGUACCUGUGAAGACCGACGAACUCCAGAAGAAGAUUGGUUCUGAAGACGAGUGGUUGUUGACACAUCGCGUGGACCUGCACAACACCCUGCGCAAAGCGGCUACAGACAAAACUUAUGCAGAUCGAAUCAAGCUUCACGUUGCAAGCAAGGUCAUUUCGGCGGAUGCGGAAACUGCCGAGAUCACCCUUGGCGAUGGAACCAAGCACAAGGGUGACCUCCUGAUUGGGGCAGAUGGUGUUCACUCCAAAGUUGUCGUUGCUGUUGCAGGCUCCCAGCCUCAGAGCGUUAGCACAAAACAAAACACCUUUCGAUUCUUGGUUCCGAUCGACAAAGUCCUGGCAAAUCCAAUCACUGGGCCUUUCUUCGGUGACCUAGGAUUCGACUGCCAACAUGUUUUCACAACCAAGGAUCGAAGAAUGGUUAUAUACCCUUGUCGCAAAGGCACGUUGCUCAACAUCGUCGCGGUCCAUCCAGCCGAAGAUAACGGUCUCGGAGGUGAAUCCUCCUGGUUAGAAGGGGGUAAUGUGGAGGAUCUCCUUGAAGUCUACAAGAGUUUCUCCCCCGUGCUCAUCGAGUUGUGCAGAAUUGCCGAGGACUUGAAGCUGUGGAGCCUAGCUACGAGGGAUCCUCCGUCCAAGUUCUACAAGGGCAAUACUGUCUUGAUAGGUGAUGCUGCUCACCCCAUGCUUCCACAUCAGGGACAAGGCGGAGGGCAAUCGUUUGAGGAUGCUGCCGCCCUCGGGAUCUUGUUCCCAGCUGAUAUAACCCUCGAGGAUAUACCUAGGCGCCUGGAGCUCUACAACCAGCUUCGAUACACGCGAGCAGUCACUGUCAUGUUUAUGUCCAAGGUCAAUGAUGAGAGACGCGGGACGAUGAUGGAGGAUCUUCGCAAGUUUGUACCCGACGCGGAACUGCCUCCGGAUAUGUUUCCGUAUUUGUGGAACGAUUAUGUCAUUCAAGAUGCGCAAAAUGCACUUGUACGGGAGCAGCGUAGUACUCUGGCGCAGCUGUAG